AUGAACAUGAAAGUGCUAGUUAUUGUUUUGGUGCUAGCUCUGGCUACUGUUUUUUCUCUAGUCUGUGUUUUGCUGACAAUGAAGGAAAAAAAAGUCACCAGCUGUGUCUACUCUGAACUACCAAUUUCUUCUGAGAGGCCCAACAGAGAACAAAGUGAGGUCUUUGCUGAUCUGACAGCUGAUGAAAUGACUCAGGUGGUGAAGUAUCUCAGGAAGAAUCUCGGGGUGUACCUGGAAGAUGCAUUUCAUGCAAAACCAUCAGAUAAUUGCAUUUACUAUAUGGAUGUGUACUUCCCACCUAAAGCCAAAGUUCUGGGCUUUCUUGAUCGUGGAAGGGAACAGCUACCCCGGCAGGCAUUGGCUGUGGUAUACUUUGGAAGUCAGUUAGAUCCAAACAUUACAGAAUUUGUAGUAGGUCCACUUCCAAAUCCAAUGUACCAUCGAGACAUUACAAUGCGGAAAUUUGGCAAGAAGAUUCCAUAUCACAGCAGACCGGUGACUGAGAGAGAAUAUAAAGAUAUUGAUUUGUUCAUUUUCCAUAAGCUCUUCAACACCUCCAACUUCCUCAAAAUAUGCUGCAAUUAUGAGAGGUCUGAUUUAGCUACUCUAACCACAGCUCCUAGAGGAUUUGUAUCUGGUGAAAGAGCCACCUGGUUUGUCCUCUUUCAGAAUGUGAUUGGCAGUGGAUAUUACAUUCAUCCUAUUGGCUUGGAGAUGCUGGUGGAUCACAGCAGUCUGAACAUCUCUGAAUGGAAGCUGAAGAAAGUAUUCUAUAAUGGACACUAUUUUCAGGAUAUGGCCCAUCUGGAAAAAGAGUUCAAGAAUGGACAGGUGAAGGAGGCAAGAAUAAAGAGUAGUCAGCUGCAGAUGGAAUUUGCUUCCAGGAAGCGAUUUGAACCCGCAGCUCCUCUAGGCCCAUUUCAGUUUGAGACCCAAGGAAAGCGCUACGCUGUAACUGACAACCAUGUUACCUAUCAGCUAUGGAAAUUUACCUUUGGGAUGAAUGUGAACACAGGGCCACGUCUUUUCAAUAUCAGAUUUAAUGAUAAGAGAAUUGUCUAUGAGUUGAGUCUGCAAGAAGCUCUUGCCAUUUAUGGUUCCAAUUGUCCUGGAGGAAUGGUGACCAGAUACAUGGAUGGUAGCCUUGGCAUUGGAAAGUUUUCUUAUGAACUAGUCCAGGGUGUGGACUGCCCCUACAUGGCCACCUAUGUGAAUCGGCAUUAUCUAAUAGACUCUGACACUCCCAAACUAAACAAGAACUCCUUCUGCAUCUUUGAACAUGACAUGGGUGUCCCUCUGCGUCGCCACUUUUCUAAUUUAGGUUCUUUUUACUAUGAGGGGUUACCCAAAUAUGCUUUGGUCUUAAGGACUGUUUCUACCCUCAUUAACUAUGAUUAUGUCUGGGAUUUUGUAUUCUAUCAAAAUGGUGCCAUAGAAGUCAAGGUCCAUGCUACAGGAUACAUCAGCUCUUCAUUUUUUAUGGACGGUGGGACUAAGUAUGGAAACAAGGUUGGGGAGUACACACUUGGAACCAUGCACAACCAUCUGAUAAACUACAAAGUUGACUUGGAUGUAGAAGGAGUCAAGAACUCUUUGGUGGACCUUGAUAUGGCCUAUGAAUCUGUGCAGGCCCCUUGGAGCACAGAGCACACAAUCCAGCGACCAAUCCUCACCCAGCAAGUCCUGGAUACGGAAGAAAAAGCUGCUUUCCCACUUGAUGGUAAAAUCCCACGGUACCUGCUUUUCAGUUCUAACAAUGAAAACCAGUGGGGUCACAAACAGAGCUAUCGCAUCCAGAUCAUCAGCUUUGCAGGCAAGCACUUACCACAAAGUAGCUCCAUGGAGAAGGCCAUCAGCUGGGGCAGGUACAAGUUGUCUGUCACUAAGCAAAAAGAGGAAGAAUUGACAAGCACCUGCAUUUAUAACCAGAAUGAUCCAUGGGAACCUCUGGUGACCUUUUCAAACUUCAUAGAUAAUGAGACCAUAGUCAAUGAGGAUCUUGUGGCCUGGAUCUCAGUUGGAUUUUUACAUGUGCCACAUGCUGAGGACAUUCCCACUACAGUGACAGUUGGCAAUGGAGUGGGCUUUUUACUUCGGCCCUAUAACUAUUUCGAUGUUGAUCCUUCUAGCAGCUCCCUUGACAGCAUCUACUUCAGAGAUGAUGAAGAUGCAGAGAAAUGUGAGAUCAACCAAAUUGCCUGCUUGCAACAAAAAGUCACAUGCUUUCCCAGUCUACCUCCUUUCACUUACAAUGGCUUUGAGAACUUAACAAGUCCAUGACAAGAAGAAUCUACAUUUAUAUUAUGGUUUAACUUUUUUUUAAUGUAAAAGCUAAAGGAUGGCUGGCUUGAGCACUCCUUGUUCCAAAUUUUUAUUCUGUCUAUUCUGUCCCUUACUUUUGAUCACCUCUCAGUGUUUUCACUUUGAGGCUGGGAUUUUUUUACACUAACUCAAUGGAGAAUUUCUGCUUUCAGCUGACAGAUGCUUCACUCUUUUUAUACAUUAUGUCUAUAUUAUAUUAGGCAACUAUGUGUUCCUUCUCUAUGGUUGUCAUUACCUGAUGUUCUAAAUAUUCCAGCAUGUAUAAGUUUUCAUCUUAUGGAAAAUUAGUCGGGAUCUAAAUUGAGCCAGGAUAUCAUUUGUCUUGCAUAUCAAAGACAGAAUCCAGCAAGGACUUGCUCAGUUAAAUGAUAAUUAGAAUGCACUAAAUGCUUUCAAAUGGUCAUAGACAGUGCUUUUUUUCUUAAAAAAAAAAAAAAAAAAAGGUGCCGGAACUCACACACGUUGUACAACCUGCCUUGCCUACUGUAUAAGGUUCCAUCCAAAAAAGGUGCUGGAACUCCGUUCUGAGCGUUCUAUGAGAAAAAAAGCCCUGGUCAUAGAAAUAUACUGAUUUUUGAAAUCUCCAUUAAGAUGCACAAAAGUGAUUAGUUUAUUAUACUAUAAUUCCAGGCUAAAAUCUUUCACCAUUGAAUUUCAUUUUGUUAGAUAGCACCCAAUGUUCAAGUCUGUCCAGAUCCUUCUACUGGAGUGUUGGUUAUUCCUGCCAGCUUGGUGUCGUCUGCAAAUUUGAUGAGUUCCCCAUCUAUCCCCUCAUCCAAAUCAUUGAUGAAGAUGUUGAAGAGCAUAGCUAGAGAAUGUAUGAGAUUUACUUGCAACAAAAUCUGAGGAUUUAUGGUUGACUAAUCUUUAGGAAAUAUACCCAGUAUAUAUGGUAAUAACAAUACAUAUUCCUCUUCUAAAACUUUAUCUUUCUACAAUAUGGAAAAUUGUAGGAGAAGAGCUACAAACAUUGAACUGACUAAAUGAGGAUGACAGAGUCAUGAAGGUUAGAUCAAUAAGGUAUCUGGCCAGCAUCCCCAUGUAGCAUGUAACAUAUUUCUUCGGAAAUAAUAAUCGAUUGAGAAUGAAAAAUGUCAAGGGCACAGUGAUACCCUGGGAGGUCAAAGAAAAAACAUUGCCAAGUAAAAACAGCAGGGUUAAUAUAUAACAAUUAAUUGAAUGAAGGGUGGAAAGGAGAGGGAGGUAGAAACCAACUGCCUUUCAGGACCUCUCCUAGCUAACCCCUAACCCCCAACCCUCAGCUCUGCCCUGCCUGCUGGUCACAGUUCUGAUUCAGAUUGGUCAACAAAAUGACUUAUAUGUACAGUACAGCAUCAGAAUACUCUAACCAGCUAAUCCCAGAGCCAAUUGUAAUAGAGGUAGUAGGAAGGUUAUGUCUCCUCCAAAUGAAUAAAAUUUCUGUUUAUUUUAUG